AUGCCCACCACACUUCUACUGGCACCGCUCAUCGUCGCUGCUGUGGCUUUCGAUGGUCCUUUGCCCGUAUUUUCCGAAUUGGGACUUCCUGAAGCCAUCGUAAAGCAGGUCUUCUUCAAACCAUCCAACGAUGACAUAUACAGUGCAUGUGACUCCAAUCUCCUAAACCAAGCCCAGCAAAAAUUCAACAAUGAACUCGGCAUAAACCCAGACUUUACAUGGCGUAACGCUUCAUCGCUAGCCUAUGCUGUCAACAAAGUCAUCAACACAGGAGCCGAUGGCAUGGUGAAAGUCUGCAAUGCUCGUCGCGAUUAUGCUGGACUCCUAUUAGCUUCCUACCCAUUUUGUGUGAACCGAUUCUACCUACUGGAACAGGGCGGCACCGAUUUCAAUAAUGCCGUCACAUAUGUACAUCUCUACAAGCACCUCGAAUUUAUGUGCAGUACUGGCUUUGAUGUGUACCAAUACAAUCUUCCAUGCAUCGUUGGUGUUACAGCACAUGACGAUACAUAUAACGCAUGCUUCUACAAAUUUCAGCAAACCAUUCAAAACUACCCCAACAUGUUAUGCCAGGCAUCACAAACUCUUGUCCUUUGCCUCGAAAACAUCUUUGCAAGUGCAUGCGGAAUGCAGACCGGAUGGGUGGAAUGCGAAAUGGAACGCCUCGGUUACGCUUACGAUUGCAACGGGCUCCAAUGCUAA